GAUAUUUUUGGAAAAAAAGUUAUUUUUUUUGGGUUGAGGGAAUAUGGAGAGCAAAGAGCUGAAUUUGAAUAAAGAGUGUAAAGCAGGAGGAGGAGGAGGAUAUGGGUUUACAGAUAGGAGCAAAGUGAGGAUUUUGCUAUGUGAUAAUGAUACCAAGAGCUGUGAGGAGGUCUUUUCACUUCUUUUGAAAUGCUCUUAUCAGGGUAUACUUCACUUUUUGACUUCAGUAAGGUCUGCUAGACAGGUUAUUGAUGCACUGAAUGCUGAGGGACCUGAGAUUGAUAUCAUACUUGCUGAAGUUGAUCUCCCAAUGACCAAAGGAAUGAAGAUGUUAAAGUAUAUUAUGCGGAACAAAGAACUGCGCCAUAUUCCUGUCAUUAUGAUGUCCGCCCAGGAUGAAGUCUCUAUUGUUGUUAAGUGCUUGCGGCUUGGUGCUGCUGACUAUCUUGUCAAGCCUUUACGAACCAAUGAAUUGUUGAACUUGUGGACACACAUGUGGAGAAGGCAGCGCGAGCUUGGUCUGGCAGAAAAGAACAUCUUGAGCUGUGACUUUGAUCUAGUGGCAUCAGACCCUAGUGAUGCUAAUACAAACAGUACUACUUUGUUCUCGGAUGACACAGAUGACAGGUCUCGGAAGAGCACCAAUCCAGAGAUGGUAGUUUCAACUCAUCAGGAAGACAAAUCUGCUGCUGCUACCAUAGAGCCUCCUCAGACUGAUUCACCAGAAUGUCGUCCUGAUGUUCCUGGAAUAAGUGAUCGCAGAACAGGGCAAUUUUCAUCUGGUCCAAAGAGGAGUGAGCUAAAGAUUGGUGAGUCAUCAGCCUUCUUUACUUACGUGAAGUCAAGUGCAGUAAAAAAUGGCACUCAAGUGGCCACCCCUAAUGAUGAAAAUGCCACACAAAAUAAGAUCAUUGAAGAGAAUCUUCCAGAAUCUGGUCAACAAGUGGUUAAUGAUGCCCAAGUACAAGAGAAUGGAGAAGCAUGGGAAAACUGUUCACAAGGUGAUGACUUUCCUAGCAGCAGCAGUAUACCAGAUUCCCUUUCCGUGGAGAGGUCCUCUACUCCUCCUGUGUCAAUGGAGUUCUCACGACAAAGGAAUUUUAAGGAAGACAAGUUUUCUCAGGUGUUUGUGAUUCCAACAAAUGAACCUCAACAUAAUGUAUCUGGUUUACCUACGCCAAAUGCUUAUCUGCACUAUAUGUCAGGAGUUUUAAAUCAAGUUAUGAUGCCAUCAUCAACCCACUUGUUUCAGAACAACUUCCAAGACCCUCAAAAUCAUACUAGUUCUGCUGUGCUACCUCAAUAUAAUCAUCUUCGACAAUGUCUUUCCCAUCCUCAUGUAAACGGGAUGGCAUCGUUUCCAUACUACCAGGUUAAUAUGUGCAGGCUAACUGGUCAGAUGCCAACUGGUCACUCAUGGCCAUCAUUUGGAAAUUCAUCUUCCAGUGAAGUGAAAUUAAGUAAGGUUGACAGAAGAGAGGCAGCAUUAAUCAAAUUUAAGCAGAAAAGGAAGGAGCGCUGUUUUGAUAAGAAGGUUAGAUAUGUUAAUAGAAAAAGGCUAGCUGAAAGGAGGCCUCGUGUUAGGGGACAAUUCGUGAGGAAGAAUGGAGUAACUGUUGAUCUUAAUGGGCAACCUGCUUCUGCUGAUUUCGAUGAGGAUGAAGAAGAGGAGGAGCAGGCAUCAAGGGAUUCUUCUCCUGAAGAUGAUACUACAGGAUGCUAAUGUUAAGUUCGUAUAUAUUGAGCAUCUUUUUAUUUGUGUGUAUCUGCCUGUUUCCUCUAUGGAAGAAUGAGAACUAGUGGCACAGUGUUCCAUUGAAGAAAUCUAGACAUAAGUGUUUUGAUUAAAGAAAAGCACGGAUCACAGAUCAGAACAAACGUGCAUCCCCGAAUAUCAAUCAGGUGAAAGCAGCUGGAUUAAGUUUAUUGCAAAUUGCUUCCAUCAGGAUGCCAAAGUUACUCAAGUUCACCUUAUUGAGGUCAGCGGCAGCUCGAGGAACUAAUACAAGGAAACUCUUGAUUGAACCAGUUAUCCUGUGGACUGUAUGUCAAUGUAGAUCACACUUUGUAGUUUUAUUAUUUCCAUGGUUCAAAUUUAAACAAUAGGUGAUGAUCCAAAGGCCUGUACAGUUUUUUUCUUUCAAGAAGUGACUUUUCAAAAUUGUUAAAUGAGAAUGUAAGCCUGUAGGAGUUUUCAAUGAAAUGCAAAGCUUUGAAGCCAGUUGUAUAUAUGUAUUUAUAUAUCCCUAACUUACUACCAUUGUCAACGAAAUGAAUCAGUUUGAACGGAUCUUCAGAACUAGUUGCCCGUUGAUU